AUGAAGAUUUUCCAACUCGUCUUACUUCUCUUUUUGCAUCUAACGACCGCUUUUGCCGCCUAUAAUAACAUCCAAGGUGAAGGCGAACAAGUAGUAGUUGACAAUGCCAUGUCGGAGCCUGAGAGCCAGCUGUCUGCCUCGCUACUCCUCGGAAGAGUUCUCAAGAAGCAGCUGAAGAAGGACAAGCCUCAAUACAACGCAACAUACGUCUUCCUCGCUUAUAAAGAGGGGUGUGCGCUUGAGGAUCAUGUGAAUGCGAACUACGGUUUACACCAACAACUGUUGCUCGCACAGUGGAAUGAUCCAGCUGAAGUUGACGAAAACACCCCUGCUUUCCAGGCCACUACCUUUGACUUGAUCACCCCCGAAAACUAUAGAAACAAAUGUGGUGGCCAAACUGUCGACUCAAAGCAAACCGCUAAGGCCGUCGGUAGAGUGUGGGAUGACGCGCGGGCCCUCAACUGGCAUAAGGAUCUACACUACCGGGUCAAGGCUAUGGAUACCCAUCGGAUGCCGUACCAUGUUAUUUGCGAUUAUCUUGAGGAAAACAUGGUUCCGUUCGAGACAGAUUUUUUUGAUAUAUUCUCAUAUCAAUGCGACAUUGGUGGUGGCGUCGUUGGCCAGGAGCAGGUGUUGAAAGCGCACAUGGCUGUAUUCGGCGGCCAGUACGCGACAGAAGCCAACUGA